GCGUUUUAUAAACAUGGCGCCUGUGGUGAAGUGCGAGUUCCUGUCAAUGCAGCGUAGUUUAGGAUCUUGAUAUAAGAGAUGGGAGUAGAAAACUUGACAGGGCAAUAUGUUAGAGCCGUUUAUCCUUUUGAAACCAACCAUCCAAGGGAGAUAAGUCUGUCUAAGGGUGACAUCAUUAGAGUGACCAGCGUGAUAGAUGAUAACUGGUACUGCGGACAGUUACGGGGGAGGGAGGGGAACUUCCCCUCCAGCUUUGUGGAGGUCCUUAGUCUGCCGGCAGUGGAGGAGGGGCAGGUAUUAUUUGGUGCUGUAGAAAACUUCCCUGCUCAGCAAGAUGGAGAUCUGGAAUUUAGAAAAGGUGCUAUUAUCUUGGGAACUCACCAGAUUGAUGCCAACUGGUGGCAAGGUCAGCUGGGGUCCAGUAAGGGAAUUUUUCCAGUCACCCAUGUCAUGGAGCUGGAACUACCACCCUCCCUAAAGGAACGGAGCCACAGUCUCCACUCGACGGAGCCCCUGUUUGCCCUGGCCAUGUGUGACUCGGUGGCUCAGCUGGAUGAGGAGCUGGGGUUUAAGACUGGUGAUAUAAUUACUGUGACUGAGAUUCUAGACUCUGAUUGGUAUUACGGGGAGUUGGGUAGUAAGAAGGGGAUGUUCCUGUCCUCUUGUGUGGAGCUGAUACAGGACACAUCACCAGGGGGAGGGUCAGUCCCUCAUCAGCUCCCCAAAAAAUCCAGCUCCUCCAUCCAGAAAUCCUUCUCUCUGGAUCAGUCUUAUUAUAGUAGUGUUAGUGAUGGACAGCCUGCUGGAGGUGACGUCAGCCAAUCAGAAUCACACAAUGUGCCAAAUGACCAAUCACAGUUAACUAUACCAGAUCAAACUGCAGCCUAUACCAGUGAGAACUUGAAAAGUCUGGACUCCUCUGUUAGUCCAUAUGCCAUGACCUUGUACAGGUUUGAAGGUCAGUCGGACAAUGAACUUUCUUUUGAUGCCAAUGAGAUUGUGUACCUUGUCCAGCACGUAGAUGACCAGUGGACAGAGGGAGAGAUUGAUGGGAGGAUAGGUCUGUUCCCCACAUGUUUUGUGUCCAUUAUUGUAGAUUGUCCCUACGCUUUCUCCGAGAAUGAGGCAGUAAAUAAAACAGAGGUAAAUAUUUCUGAGGAAGAAAGCACAAGGAGUUACCCUGAAGAACAAUCAGAAAUUGACCAAGAGGUGAAAAAUAAAGAUCUAGAUAUAAAUGAAAAUCAGAAUUUUUCAACAGUGGAUGAAAGGUUGAACAAAUCUGAUGGCAGUGUUAAUGGAGUUGAACAACAUAUGAGCAGGGACCAGUAUGCGCUUGUUUUGUUUUCGUUUACUGCAGAAACUGACCAGGACCUUACAGUGAUGGAAGGGGACACUGUUAAGAUUUUAGAGUAUCUGAACAUCGAGUGGGUGAGAGCAUUAAACGAGAAUUCGGGGAAAUCGGGGCUAGUCCCCACGGUUUUCCUUGACAUUAUUGAUGAUAGUCCAUUACAGUCUCCUGCUCCGGAUUACAAAAAUCAUGAAGUUAAAGGUGGAAGUAGUGAAAUUGUUAGUGAUAAAGAGGAUUUGAAUGUUGAACCACAGGUGCAUUUUACACCACCUAGUGAUAAAGUGAAAACAACGAUUAAGGACAAAAGUUCAUCUGUUCCAGUCAUAAAACCAAGUGUAUCGAUAAGUGAUCAUACCACAGAACAUAGAGAACACAAUGUAGCUCCUGAAACAUCUCAACAAAACAUACAUAAAAGUAAUAUUAAAGAGAAAAGUGGGAGCCAAAGCAUAAAUUUUACAUUGGAGCAAAAGCCAGUAUUACCAGUUAAACCUCAGCUGAACCCUAAACCUGUAACAAAACCCAAACCAAGCCUAUCGCCCAAACCCAAUCUACCAAACAAAACGAGAUUACAACCCGUAAAAGAAACCGAAGACAGCGAGGCGUCACUUCUCAAGUCUUCAUCUGCCCAAGUUCUUCACAGCCCUGAUGAAUCUAGCAGCACAUUGCAAAAAUCUCUGUCCACAAAUGAAUUGUCUAGUUCAGUGUCAGAUACCAAAACUGAAAACAGGAGAGCUACAUUUUCUUUUGGUGAUGUAGAUACAUCAAAAUCAUUAAAUGACUUAAUAUCAAGUGAAUUAACCAAAGCAAAAAAUGAUGUGAAACCUGAUGAUGCCAAAGAGAAAAUGGGCAAUAAGCCAGCUCACCCAGGCAAGCCAAUACUAAAAAGAGAUCAAGCCAGUAACAAAUCCUCUAGUUCUUCAAAUUUAAUUAAAACAGAUCCAAAGAGACACUCUGUAAAUUUUCCAAUUCAAGACACGGCACAUCAAAAAAUAAUUUCCAAUGAUGACUUCCAUGGUACAUUUUCAACAGGAAAUUCAGUCUUCUUUGUGGACCCAGUUCCAUCCAAAAAAAGUUACCCCUCCAUGAGAAAACCUCCUCCCAUUCCACAAAGGUCAUUUGAGCAGUUUGAUCGUUCACCCUCCCUCAAAAAAGACCCCCCACCCCGCCCUACCGGCCCCCGACUGGCCUCUGCACCUCCGACUGUUCCUUUAAUUCCCGUAAAAGUGACCGAUACUAAUCAUGUGAAACAGAAUGGUCAGACACCCAGGACAAGGCCAUCCAGACCCGCCCCUUCCUGUCCCGUUCCCUCUCGACCCGCACCAACCCGACCCAUGCCAACCCGCCCUGCGCCAACAAGACCACAGCCAUCAUCCACAGGACCAGCUCAGCCGGGACCUGGGGAGGGACUUAUUGAUCUGGAGGAUACAUUUAAAGCCGAGGCUCAUUCUGUGGCUGUGGCUGACCUCAGAAAAAAGAUCAAAGAUCUAGAAAUGGACGUCGACAAUUGUGAGAAAUCUAGGACUGAGCUAGAAAAAACACUACAAGGGAGUGAAGAUAAUGAAGAAAUAAAAGAAAACAUUGAGUUUUACACAGACAACAUUAGUGGUCUUAAUGCUGAGUUGAGCGAACUCAGGAAGAACCUGGUGGCGCUGUGUCCUGAGGAGGGUGAUCUGGAGGCUCAGAGAGAGGCUGAGAGGAGGAGGAAGGAGGAGGAGGAGAGACAGCGAGAGGAGGAGAAGAAGAGGACCGAGGAGAUGAAGGAGAAGAGGAGAGAGAAGAGAGGGAAGGUGAUAGAGGAACUGAUCCAGACAGAGAAGGACUUCCAGCACAGUCUGGGUCUCUGUAUAGAGACUUUCCUGUCUCCUGGGGCAGAAAAGCAUCCUGAGGUAGAUCUGUCAGUGUUGAUGGGGAACAUUGAGGACGUGGCAGACAUAUCACAGAGAUUACUGAGUGCCCUGGAGGGGGCCGUACAGGGCAAAGACUUCGAGGAGCAGGUCAUAGGUGUAUGUUUUGUGGUGCUGUCAGAAGACAUGAAAACUGCCUUUGCUCCAUACUGCCGUAACCAUGAUGAAGUCAUCACGCUGCUUGAAAAGUAUGAGGAGAGUGAGUCCAUUAUGGUGUACAUCAACAAGAUGCUGGACAAACUCCGACAGAAGACGGUGGUGUUUGAUCUCGGAGCCCUCCUCAUUAAGCCGGUCCAGAGGAUCCUCAAGUAUCCACUGCUGCUUAACGAACUCUUCAAGGCAACAGAGGAUGAUCACCCAGACAAGAAAGAAAUUCUGACAGCCAUCAAUGCCAUGACAGAUGUAGCAUCAGCCAUCAACGAAUACAAACGCAGAAAGGAUCUAGUGUUCAAAUAUAAGAAAGUUUCAGAUGAGACUUUUGGAGACAAACUUGCCAAAUUGAGCUUCCAUACAAUAAAGAAAAAAGGCAGCAGGUUCAAAGGUCGAAUUAGUACCAAUCUGGGACUUCUGCUGAUUAAGGAUGAGGACUUUGAUAGAGAGGAGGCAAAGUUCAGACAAAUGGAGAAAAUGGUGAAAGUCUUUAUAAGAAACACACAGAUAUACAUGGACCAUUUACAGGAGUCAGUGUCAUGCCAUGAGUGUGUGGUGGCCGACCUGGCAGAUUUUUACGAUGAUCGACAGAGUAACGCAGAAAUGGAGAAAUACCAGGAGGCCCAGGAAAAUCUGGACAGAAAACAUCUACCCACAUUUCAAGAGACAGUUCGGGACCUGGUUACCUCCCCUUUGAACAGACUGACAUCCCUGUUUGAGGCCCCAAACAAAGUGAUACAGAAGAGAUUUGAUAAACUGCUGGACUACGACUCAAUGCAGAGGAAAGUCACUGAUGGAAGG